AUGGCCUCCAAAAACAGCACACAAACCCCACGUUUCCCGCCAGGCGAGCAGUCCAGUGCGCAGAAAGCAGCAGUUGCCGACGCAGAAGCAAGGGUCCUAAAAGUCUACGGCCCAACCUUCCAAUUGAAAGACGAAGCAGGAAAUCUCAUGGGACCAUUUGUAACCCUUCAAUACGCACCCGAAGCCUUCAUGCCCUACCUCAACUAUGUACACGCCUUAAACACGUUGCCCUACUUGACCACAAAGGAGAGGGAGUUGACCGUGCUGGCUGGAUGCUCUAUAACGCAGGCGCAGUUUAUUAUAUAUGCGCAUAAGAAGAUUGGGAUGAGCGUGGGAUUGACACAGGAGCAGGUGGAUGAUGCGGCGAGGGGGAAGGCUCCGGAGGGUUUGGGAGAGAGGGAGAGGUGCGUUUAUGGGGUUGCGCUUGAAAUAGCGCGGAGGCAGGGUAAGGUGGCGGACGACCAGUUUGAAGCGGCGACAAAAGAGCUAGGGAGGGAAGGCGUAGCUGCUCUAGCGAAUGUUGUGGGCGCAAUUUUGGCGAGUAGUGUGUUGGUUAAUGUUGCGGAUGUGCCCGUACCGGGCCAGUAG